AUGUCAACCUCUAAACAAAAUAAAUCUUUAAAAACAAGUAUAAUUAAAGAUUUGGUUCCGCAACAAAAUCAUGAGUUUCAGCAAAUAAUUCAACCAAAAAAAUCAAUUAAAAUAAUUCGAUCAGGUAAAGUAAAAAAAUAUAUCGAAAAUGCUUUAUCAAUAUUUCAGGAUGAGAAAUCACGUGAGACGGUCGAAAAUGUUAUAGUUGUAUUCUCAGGAAAAGGUCAAGCUAUCAACAAGACUAUUACUGUAGUAGAAAUAAUUAAACGAAAACUAGAUGGAUCUUUGCAUCAAUACACUCAAAUUGGACGAAAUUUCUUAACAAAUGAAUACAAAGAAAAGGACCAAGGUUACGAAAUGAAUUUGGAUUAUGUAGAUCAAAAAGGACAAGAUGGGCAAGUACACAACACGGUCGAGAUUUGCUCAUUUAAGAUUUAA